AUGACGUCCGGUGGAUUCUCGUUCGGGGUUCCUGUUGCCGACGCCGCCGUCUCCUCCAUACUGAGACCCUCCGCUUUUGAACCCUCUGUCUUCUCUGUCGGAACAUUGGACAAGAAACCCAAGAAGAAGGAGGACUGUGAUGUCACACAGGGAACUUCUUUAAUGAAGUUGUCGACUCCGUGGAGAGAAGUGGAGUGGACUGAAGAUGCGAGGGAGGGCCUUGUGAGGAGGCUGUGCUCUUACGCCCCCUGCUGUCGGGACGUGGCACAGGCGCGGGUCCUGCUCCUGGGACCAGUGGGAUCCGGAAAGUCCAGCUUCAUCAGCUCCGUGCAGUCGGUGCUGGACGGACGAGUGACCAACAGAGCCAUGGUGGGGGGCGGGGCCUGCAGCUUCACACACCAGCUGCAGUCGUUCCCUCUGCGAGGCUCUGAGUCCUGUGCUGUGGAGCUGUGGGACUCCAUGGGGUUUGGAGACCUGAGCGGACCGAGUCUGCACCACCUGCUGGGCGUGGUCCGAGGCCACGCCCCCCACGGAUACAAGUCCACUCCAGUGAUCCACAGACUCAGACCUGCUCUGACUGGGAUCAGACCUGGUCCUCUCCAGACUGAUCUGAGUCUAGAUCUGAGUGAGUGA